UUAGAUUCAAAUUUGCAGUAAUACACACAGUUUAGUGGAUUUGGCAAUGAAACCGAAUUUUAACUCUGCCACACAUAGCUUGGCAUUGUUUAUUGUGCACUUUUUGCUGACAGCAAGUGCUGAAGAUCGAUGAUUUGAUUAACUUGGGCCAUUGUUGUGCUUGUUAACUUUUAUGACUAUGUUUCUACUACUUAGCGACCAAUUGUUUUAUUAACAACGUGUGCUAUAAUGAUGGGGAUGAUGAUCCUGAAGAUACUUGCAAAGAGUGUGAAAGUUCGAGCAGCACUACAGAGUUUACCCUCAAAGAGAACGUCUGCAAUGUAAACGGUGUUUGCUACGGUGAAGGAGAAGGAAUACCCGGCAUUGACUGUAAAAUGUGUCAACAGAAUAUUUCGACAACAGAGCUUACUCCCCUGGAUGGCAAAUGUUUUAUCAACGGAACGUGUUACAAUGAUGGGCAGAUUGAUCCCGAUUUCUCCUGCAGAGUUUGCAACAGUGUGCAUGAGAAAACUGAGUUUAGUCUCAUAGCCAACAAAUGCUUUGUCAAUGACAUUUGCUACAAUGAAGGAGAUGAAGAUCCAAAUGACCCCUGCCAGACAUGUGCCAGUGAAAGCAGUACGACUAGUUUCUCUCUCUUCCAGUGCUCUAUUGAUGGCGGGUGCCACGCUGAUGGGGAGAAUAAUCCUAACAACGUCUGUGAGCAGUGUGAUGUCAGUGUGAGCAUGUCGGAGUGGUCACCCAUUCGCUACGAGAAGAAAAAUGGUGGGACCACGGCUUGUGGGGAUUUCUGUAGCUUUGUCCAAAACCAGGCACCUGAUCUCUUCCCAGUUGUUUGCUCCUACCCGGGUUUUGUAACGGCGCAGAACUUCAACAAUAUGUGUCAGUGGAAGGAUCCGUCGUCUCUGAACUGCCCAGCGGGAGGAAUAACGCUGACCAGGUACAAGGCUAUGUGUAGCCACAACACCGCUACCGAGGCUUCUAAAGACCCAGUGGUUUGUCCUUAGCAGACAGUGUACAGCCAUCGACACCAUUCCGGGCGACGACACUUACAAGAUUAAUAAACCGAC